ACAACUAAGCAAAAAAAAUCAUUGGGAAAAUUCAUCAAGUCAAACGAAGAAGAGGAUUAAACUACAGUUUCAAUUGCAUAUAUCACGAAAUAUUCAUUUUAUAAUUAAUAAUACAGUAAUUAUAAGAUGUACAAACUUUUUUGUGGUUAUGUGUCAAACAAAAGUUAAAAGUUGAAUUGAUUAUAUGCCCAUGAACAAAGAUGGGUUCAGGUAAUCGAGGAAAACACUUUGGCUAGAGGAAAAAUUGAAAAUGUUGGCUUUGAUUUUGGAUUAUUUAAUUUCUUUUUGAAUUAAAAUUAAUUAUUGUGAUAAUAAUAAUUAUUGGGAAAUCGAAGAUAAAGACUUUGUGUGAGAAAGAGAAGGAGUAUUCUUGAAUUUGACUAUGCUGUUAAUAUCAGAAGAGCGACAAAGACGGCUUUAGUAAUCAAAAAUCAGCACGAAGAAAAAUAACAAGCUAUGUGAACGCUGCUAAAAUGUUUGGAAAAUAAAGUGCAUCAUAGUUAAUAAAAAAAUCGAAACAGAUAUCAAAAAAACAAAACAAUUGUGACAAAUUCAUUCAGUUAAACGGCUGAAUAGUUAAAAUUAGCUAGCCUGUGAGCUGAAUUUUUGUGGAGCUUGGUCCAGCAGAAUUUUGGUUUUGUCCCCAAGUUUUUAUUUCUGGAUUAUUGGAAGUAAACAACCAGCUUUGAAAGAGGACUAUUGAUCCCUUAAAGAGAUUAUCUUCUUGUGUUCUAUCUUACCCGCACCAUAAUAGGCCGACGAAGAACAAAAAUCAAGCCCCAAAAAAUACAGCCAAAAGCAUUUUAACUGCAUCAUAUCACCGAAAUAUGCAACGCCAAAGUUCCCAUGGAACUUCCGCACAGAAGCCUACAAAUUUGGACGAGAUAUGGCUCGACUUGGAAAAGGGAAUAAAACAAGUCUUCAAACGUGAACAAUCGUUGACCAAGGAACGAUAUAUGCAACUUUACACCUAUGUCUACAACUACUGUACCAGUGUCAAUACAGUUCAGAAUAAUACGAACCGUUCUAACAAGUUGGGUGGCGCCCAAUUGGUGGGGAAAAAGCUUUACGAACGUCUAAAGGAUUUCCUCAUAGGUUAUUUGGCGGAUCUUUUGAACAACUUUAAGGCAAUCAAGGGCGAAGAAAUUCUCUUGGACUAUUAUACCAAGCAAUGGGUAGCUUAUCAAUUUUCCAGUACCGUCUUGAACGGCAUUUGUUCAUAUUUAAAUCGACACUGGGUAAAACGUGAAUAUGAAGAGGGUCAAAAGGUCAUUUAUGAAAUCUAUCGCCUGGCCCUAGUCACAUGGAAGGAACAACUGUUCAAAGUCCUCAAUGAGCCAGUGACCAAUGCCGUACUCAAGUCUAUUGAUGAAGAACGUCGUGGAAAACCCAUUACCCGUUCCCUGGUUCGGGAUGUCAUAAACUGCUAUGUGGAAUUGGGUUUCGAUGAGGAGGAGGACAUGGAUAACAAAGACACAAAGAAACAGAAAUUGUCCGUAUAUCGCGAUCAUUUCGAGAAGAAAUUUUUAGCCGAAACUGCGGCAUUUUACAAACACGAAUCCGAGGCAUUCCUCAGCAGCAAUACAGUAUCGGAAUACAUGAAACAUGUGGAGAAGCGUUUGGACGAAGAACGCAAGCGCAUAAACAAAGCCGAUUUUAAUUCCGUACUAACAUCGUACUUGCACAUCAGCACUUUGGAUAAAUUGGUGGAGACCUGCGAAGUGGUUCUUAUUGAAAAACAUUUAGACAUAUUCCGUUCUGAAUUCCAAAACCUAUUGAAUGCCGACAAAAAUACGGAUUUGAAGCGCAUGUAUACUUUGGUGGCACGUACACCGCGCAACCUCAAUGAAUUGAAGACUAUUUUGGAAGAGCACAUUCUGCAACAAGGCUUACAGGCCAUUGAGAAAUGUGGCAACACCGAGGCCGCCAAUGAUCCCAAAAUCUAUGUGCAAACCAUAUUGGAGGUGCACAAAAAGUACAAUGCACUUGUGCUAACCGCUUUCAACAAUGACAAUGGCUUUGUGGCUGCAUUGGAUAAGGCCUGUGGCAAAUUCAUCAACUCAAAUGUGGUCACCCAGGCAAGUAGUGCCAGCAAAUCACCUGAACUGCUUGCCAAGUACUGUGACAUACUGUUAAAGAAAUCAUCGAAGAAUCCCGAAGAGAAAGAGUUGGAGGACAAUCUCAAUCAAGUUAUGGUUGUCUUCAAAUACAUUGAAGACAAGGAUGUUUUCCAAAAAUUCUACUCCAAAAUGUUGGCCAAGCGUUUGGUUAAUCAUACAUCCGCCUCCGAUGAUGCUGAGGCUGUUAUGAUUUCAAAACUCAAACAAACCUGCGGUUACGAAUACACCAUCAAACUGCAGCGCAUGUUCCAGGACAUUGGUUUAUCGAAAGACCUUAAUAACAAUUUCAAAGAGCAUUUGCAAAAUGUAGACAUACCCAUGGAAAUAGAUUUUAGCAUUGAGGUUCUAUCCUCGGGUUCAUGGCCAUUCAAUCAGAGCUGUAGUUUCUCUCUUCCCACAGAAUUGGAAAAGGCGGUGCAACACUUCAAUGCAUUCUAUUCGAACCGCCACAAUGGCCGAAAACUCAAUUGGCUGUAUCACAUGUGCAAAGGUGAAUUGGUGACGAAUUGUUUCCGUAUGAAGUAUACACUGCAGGCCAGUACGUUUCAAAUGGCAGUUCUUUUGCAGUUCAAUGAUCAAACACGUUAUACUAUAAAACAAUUAUUGGAUAACACACAAAUACAGAUGGACAACUUAGUACAGGUUUUGCAAAUUUUACUUAAAACGAAGCUUUUAACCUGCACCGAUGAUGAGAAUGCUCUGACUCACAACUCUGUUAUAGAAUUGUUUGCCGAUUACAAGAACAAGAAAUUGCGCAUCAAUAUCAACCAACCUUUAAAGACUGAACUUAAGGUCGAACAAGAGGCCGUACAUAAACACAUUGAGGAGGACCGCAAACUGCUGAUACAAGCCGCCAUUGUCCGUAUUAUGAAAAUGCGCCGAAAGCUCAACCACACACAACUGAUCUCCGAGGUCAUCAGCCAGUUGUCGUCGCGUUUCAAGCCCAAAGUUCCGGUUAUUAAGAAAUGCAUAGACAUAUUGAUAGAAAAAGAAUAUUUGGAGCGAAUGGAAGGACAAAAGGAUACCUACAGUUAUUUGGCGUAAAUUUCAAAAAGUAAAAUGUAUGGUGUUUAUACAUAGGCGCCGCAUUUGUUUGUUGUAUCUGUGAAGGAAGAAAAAUAUGAAGGAAUGCAUUACAAGAAUGAUAAAAAAAAAAACUGACAAGUUACUUCGAAUGUUCUCCAUUCCCUGGUCGAUCCACCACCAUCACUCUUGCUCCUGCUAAAAAUGAUCUAUAUCAUUAUGUUUAUACUAUAAGGCUCAUUCAUAAUUAUUUUAUUAUUCCCUCCUCGCCCUCUUAAGCAUACCUCCUACAUAAACGAAAUUAUUAUAGAAAUUGUUUUUAUUUGUUUUAGACGUCUUUUUCUCCCAUUUAUUUAUAUUUUUUUGCUUGUUUUUUAAAUAACAAGAUUUUUGUUUGUUUAGGCAAUGUAUCUUCCCUCCUUGUUUGUGGCUUACAUUCAUUCACACAAAAUAUACUUUUAGAACGGCUUUUGAUAUCGAUCGAUCCAAUAUUAGACCCCGUAAAGUCUGAAGCAUCGACCUAGAACAACUCACUAUUGUUCCAAUUUGUAAUAGAGGAAACUAUGAUAAGAUCACGGUUUUCUAUUUUGUGUUUGUUAAAUUGUGAUCUCAGGUUGUCCUAAGAACAUACAGAGAGAGAAAGAGAGAGAGAGAGAGAGAGAGGAAGAGAGAACAAACGAAACAAUAACAGAGUAUCAUCAUCCUACUUUUUCUUUCCCCAUUUUAUUAUUGCCCCAUACAAAAAAAAAACAAACGAAGCUUUUUUUUUACUUAUUAAAUACAAAUUAUUGCUCUUAGCUUUAAAAAACAGAUAUGAAAGAAAACAAAUUAUGUAAGCUUCAUUUUGUGUCUAGUUCUCUUUUUUUAUUAUUAUUUAAAAAAAAUCGUUGGAAAUUAUUUUUGAAAAUUUUAUCAAGGAACGCCACUCAUUCUAUGAAACAACUCAUACAAAUAUAUGUGUUAUAUUAGAUAAGAUGUCACCUUUAACAGUAAAAUAACAAUAAAGCAAAUAUAAAAUACUCGA